AUGGACAGCGGACAGCCGUUGAUGCGCGUCUGGAGGUACGCGUCCAUGAGACAGAGGACUCAACUACCUGACUCUCUCUUCUAUUAUAUGGACGAGGCACUAGACUAUCAAGGGCAAGGUUACGAGUACGGAACAUGGAUGAACGAUAAAUCUCUUCUCCAACCUCGAGCCAAUGGCUCAAAACUUGAUGAAAAGAAAGAGUUCCACGAAUGGAGAGUGCCAAAGAAUACGCCUGUCAAUGACCCGUAA